UGUCCUCCCUGUUGAGUUAGAGAGCAGGAGCACAGGAAAAAGUCCAGACAGAAGUCAAGGCUUGGCAGAUUUUUUUUUUUUUUUGUAUUUUUGUAUCUUGAUAAAAUUUAGUCUCCAGGAAAAAGAAAAAAAAAAGUGACAUCGGGGGAUUUUGAUUACCUGCAAUAUGAAAACUUUACUUCAGAAUUAGGGUGGAAGUGACGUCUGCCAUAAAAUUUUGGGAAUUAGAAACUUUGUAGUGAGGUUUUGUUUUGUUUCCUUCUUUUCAUUUUGUAGCCUUUUCUGAUCGUUUUAAAACCUUCCCUUCUGGCAUGAAUUUGAUCCAGCCUUGUAUUUUGCUGGGCUGGUUGUAAACUUACGAAUAUGGUUUGAUUGCUGCAAAAUUUGUUCACAUGAAAAAGAAUGGAUAUAUACUUGCUUUCUCUUGCUGUUUCUACGUGAAUAUUGUUGUUGGGUUUAUCUAGGGAAUAAUCAAAGACAAGAGAAGGAACUCCAAGAAAAGAAGAUGCCUGGUGCCAGAAUUCAUAUCUGACUCUCCUAGCGAAUGCCAAUGGUCAUGCUGUUUGACUCCAUUGUCAGAGUAGAGUACAUCUGGUAUUGGCUGGAUGAAAAUGGCAAGUGGAUUGAGUAUGGCCAACAGAACUCUGGGCACUGUGCUACCUCAAUUUCAUCCUCUGAGUUGGAGGCUAUUUUCCUAACUGAUUACAGAGAAGUUUUAUUCUUCCAGGCUGGGACUCAGCUAUAUACAUUGAAUUUUCAAGAGAUGGUUCAGAGAAAUGUGUACUACCAAACACAGAGAAGAGUCUGCAGAUGGCCCCGACUUGUAUUUUUUGGAGGUAGACGCAAAAGCGAGAAGAGCUGCCGUUUUGAAUCUUCUUUUCUCUUCCACUUGUUUCCUUCAACCUGGGAUCAGUCAGCCCUUCCUAACAUAGGCUAUGAGCUGGUAGAGGUCUCUAAUUCUUCAGAAGAGUAUCAUGAAAUCAAGAUGCUUUUUGAGAAGACAAUGGAAGAUUACAUUAUACGUAGACUUCAAAGAGUUCAGAACCCUUCUCUCUGGCAAGUCUUUCAAUGGCAAAAAGAGCAGAUGAAGAAGCUGAACAGAGGAAAGGAAAUUGAUGAACGGCUCUUGUUUCAUGGCACUAGCACAUCACACCUGCGUGACAUCUGUGGGCAAAACUUUGACUGGAGAAUUUGUGGCACGCAUGGAACACUAUAUGGAAAAGGAAGCUAUUUUGCCAGAGAUGCCUGCUACUCCCACGCCUAUUGCAAGUCGAAGAAACAAGCAAAGACCAUGUUUGUAGCUAGAGUUCUGGUUGGAGACUAUGUCCAAGGAAAAGCUUCUUAUGUCCGCCCUCCUCCUAGACCUAACCAAUCAAACUGCUUCUAUGACAGCUGUGUGGACGAUGUUCUGAAUCCUUCUAUUUUUGUCAUCUUUGAGAAGCAUCAGAUUUACCCAGCCUAUAUUGUUGAGUAUGAGGAGAUAUCCCAUUGUGUGAUCAUGUAAAGGCAUCAAUUCUUUGCUCUCUUUUUUU